AUGGCGAAACGUUUUGCUGAUUCUCAAAUUACUCGCGAAACCCACAGAGAGAAUGAUUCUGAUUCAGAUGAAGAAAGUACGGGACAUGGUGUUGCUUCAGCUGCAGUGAUGAGUAAACGUAAGAUCGCUAUGCCCAAGAGAAAGAUGGCAGCCAAUUUCAACAGGCAACCAGAAAGCACCAAAGAAAAUUCGUCAAGUGCAUUUGGGUUUCUUCAGGGUUCUGCCUCCACUGGUAGUGAUAGUGAUAAAAAUGCGAAAUUGAAAGCACUGAAUCUACAAUUCAAGGACAAGGUAAUUUCGUUUGUGGAUCAGGAUCCAUGUGCAGAUCUUUCACCAGUUUUUGAAAAAUAUAAGACAUAUAUCCAGUCGAUAGGUGCUGCGAAGCCUGCUGCGAAGCCUGCUGCACAACCUGCGUUUACGAUCGCACCAAAACCAGUUCAACAAGUCGAUGAUAAACCUGAGUCAUCUUCAGAUGAAGAGCCUGAAGUUAAAGUGGAAGGACCAAAAUUCACGAUAAAUACAAAACCGCCCACAUCUAAUUCAGUCUUUUCCUUUGGAGCCACCAAAGUGGCUAAGAAGGAUGACAGUGAUAGUGAUUGUGACGAAGUCGAGAUCAAAGGUCCUCAAUUCACAUUUUCUGGUACUGUCAAGAGCGAUGUGUUUAAAUUACCAAAGGCAACCGAACCAACAGGCGAGAAGCCAAAAGAUAGCGAACCAAAGGAGAGCGAACCUGAAGUGAAACCAGCUUUUUCAUUUGGUAACAGUAAACAACCUUCCGAAAAGCCGGCAUUCAGUUUUGGUGCACCAAAGGAGACCACGAAUGGAAAGCCUAGUUUUACUUUUGGAAAACCACAAGAAGGGACAAAAGACAAGCCAAAAUUCGAUUUCAGCUUCAGUUCGGCUGCCAAGAAUGAUGGAACUGCAACUGAUGCUCAGAAGCCUUCCCUGUCCUUCAAGUUUGGAGCCGAUAAGGAAAACAAGGACGAAAAGACUGAAAAAUCAGCAAUACCUUCAUUCUCGUUUAACAACCACAAUGAAAAGAAGGACGAGAAAAUUGCCGCGAAGCCAGCUUUUACAUUUGGUGCUCCUAACUCUUCCACUGCACCUUCAUUCACAUUCGGUAAAGCGGCAACAAAUGAAAAGACCGACGAUGCUUCCAAACCUUCUAACGGUUUCAAAUUCUCACUACCGUUUGGACAAAAGGCACCAGAAAAUGCAACUACAUCCAAUGAAGCUAAAGAUGAUAAAUCAACAACAGUUACUGCGGAUGAUGAACAUAAAGCAGACGAAAAGCCAGAUGAAUCCAAACCUAUGGAUUUGCAAAAUGGUGAAGAAGGGGAAAAUGCAUUGUUCAGUCAAAGAUCAAAACUGAUGAUUUUCAACCCAGAGACAAAAGCUUACGAUUCAAGGGGUGUCGGUGAAAUGAAACUUUUGCAAAGUAAUGAAGACAAGUCCAAGAUCAGGUUCCUAUGUAGAUCAGAUGGGAUGGGUAACAUAUUGCUUAACACAAGGGUUGUUAAAGAUUUUUCCUAUACUCCUCUUACCGCAGAGAACGAGAACCUGGUCAAGAUACCCACGAUAGAAGCUGAUAACAAGUUGGUCACGUAUGUGGUUAAGUUUAAACAAAAGGCGGACGGUCGUCAAUUUGUGAAAGCCAUUGAAGAUGUGAAAAAGGACAUGUGA